UGGACAGGGGAAGAGUUUACAAGCUAUAUAAGCAGCAUCCCACCGCAUAGACCCGUGCAAGCAGCAUUAAGAAGAUCACAUCAAGUCCAAUUAAAGAGGAAUUAAGGAUACAAAAUGGCCUUCGGUAGUGUCCUAAGUGAGGCUGACAUCUCUGCUGCUCUGCAGGCUUGCCAAGCUGCUGACUCCUUCAACUACAAAGCCUUCUUUGCCAAGUCUGGUCUGAGCAGCAAGUCCGCAGAUGAUGUGAAGAAAGUCUUUGCCAUCAUCGACCAGGACAAGAGCGGCUUCAUUGAGGAAGAUGAACUGAAGCUGUUCCUCCAGAACUUCAGCUCCAGUGCCAGAGCUUUAACUGAUGCUGAGACCAAGGCUUUCCUGUCUGCUGGAGACUCCGAUGGUGAUGGCAAAAUUGGAGUUGAUGGUAAGUGGACACACACACACUUCUGUGGUCAGCUGAAGUAGAGGGUCAUUGGUUUGUUUUCAAUAGUUUUAGCUGGAAAAAUAAAUGAAAAAGUUAUCUAUUGUGAUAUCUUCUUGAAGGCAAACUAAAGCCUCACAAAGAAUAAGGUUUGAUCUAGGCUUACUGUACCAGUCAAGUACAGCACCCCAAAGCUGUAAAAACUAGUGCCUCCAAAAUAUCCCUAGCAGCUCUAUAUCAUUCUUCUCAGUUUACUAAAGCACGUGUUUAGCCAGCUUUGGCUGUUGUCAGUCAUUUGAGCUAAGGGAUAGACUCACAGUAUACUAAAUACACAAGUGAAACUCUCUUUGUUUGUUUAGUAUAGCAGCUGCCAUAUUAGCUUGGUGUGCCAUCACUUACUGCCAGAGUCUCUCCCUGCUCACUCAUAGCUCUGUGCUCAGAUUACAGCAGGGAGAGAAGGAGGGAGGGGGGAAUAGGGAGCAAACUGAGCAUGCUCAAGCCCUAGCCCUGGGGUUUAUGCUAAAACAGGAAGUCUGAUACAGAAGCCUAUGUGUACACAAUAGAAAGAAAAUAAAUUAUGUGUUUAUUUUGACAGAGGACUCAGAGCAGCAUUACUUUGAGGGUUUACUGGUGUAUUUAUAUAGACCUUUCUGAUAAAGCUUACUUAGUUUUAGCCUUUCCAUCUCCUUUAAUGGGUUAACUGCAUAAAGUGUGUAAAGUAGCAAUGCCAUGUUCUGUUUUGAUGGAAAUAAUUUGUCAUUUAUUCAAUAAACCUUUUUUUUUUUCAUUUUAGAAUUCCAGGCUUUGGUCAAGGCUUAAACAUUCUACCACGUCAGUCUGUGAACUUUACUAAACAAUAACGAUCCACAAUUUUGACUUUUUCUAAAUAAACUGAAAUAAAUGGAACCUGGUUUAGUGGAACACAACCAUCUCUUUGCUGUGUUUCAAUUCCUGGAGGACAAGUUUUGAAAACAUCACCUGCUAGCGGAAUCCAAGGCAUUUAUUCUGCAAAAGAAGACAUUUUUGUUACCAUUAGCCAACAAUGCAACCUAUGACCAGCAAUGUGUCCAAGAGUCGUAUAAUAAAGAUAACUUGUUAUUUUUGUAAAUGGGUAGAGCGUUGAGCAAUGUUAAACCUGUCAUGACUUUUGUAAAUCCACAAACAUAAUACUUCUUUCAAUGUCUUCAUGGGUUGAGGCAGCAGAAUAAAGAAAACUUGGGGGCUAUCAAUAAAUCUAUUUUGGAAUCAA